UUGAAGUGUACUUUCUUCACCUUCGUUCUAGAAAAGUGUGUUGUAUGUGGUGAUUCCGCCGAUGGUUAUCACUAUGGUGUGAGGUCGUGUCGUGGUUGUAACGCUUUUUUUCGACGUGCCGUCACCUACGAUCAACACUUCACUUGUCGUCGAGGCGGACAUUGUCUUGUGGACCGCACUGUUCAACCUAAACGUGAUGGCUCAUCGUCAACUAACGGAACAUUUCAGGAGCGAAAUCUUUCCGGCUACAAUUACGAUACUGAAACUGAGAAGCGGCUCAUAGACAGUUCUUAUUUGCCUAUGCUUCCACCGAGCCCUUCACCCUCUAGUGGACUUAUUGCGCGACAGUGCUACGACUUCGAAGAUCAGAAGAGGCGAAGGCACGCUAUGCUUUGCCGCUCCCUAGAAGAAAUUCUCACUGGUGACUGUGACUUUAAUUUACGUAAUUUGGCAACACCGGAUGAUUAUGCCAGCUUGUUUCAAGUUCAAAUGGUCUUAAUGUUUGAGUGGGCCGAGAAACUACCCGAAUUUGGCCUACUGGACCCUCUGGAUAAGGCUAAAUUUCUGCACGCAUUCGCCCUUCGUUAUUUGCUAUUGGAUAACGUAUUUCACACUAUGGAACUGGGAUUCGAAGACCGAAUAGUUCUUGUGAAUAAUAACUAUAUAAGACCUUUCGAAGCUCCACCAUAUUGUAAUGGGCAAUCUGAGGAAAGGAGGACCGAAUUUAUGAUGUGUGGUCCAGAGACAAAGGCAAUGCUAGAGGACCUCGUUAUCCCGAUGAAACGAAUUGGAUUGAAAGUCGGAGAAAUGAUGACCCUUCGAAUGAUAAUGUUUUGGAAUCCAGGAAACAUCGGCCUGACUACCAACGGAAUCGAUGUUGCUCGAAUGGCCUCAGGUAAUGCUGUGAAAGAGCUACAUCGUUAUUUCGAAUGCGAGGGAGUUGUCGAUGUAGAGCAUAGAAUCGGCAAUCUUCUACUCCUUCUACCUGCAUUUACCAAACACGUACGUUAUCUCUACGAGUUGGUGAAACUGAUCCCUUCCUUUAGAAAAAUGAAUGAGUGCGAUUCAUUUAUGGAUGUUCUCAUAAAUGGUUUGUGA